GCGCUGAGGGUCUCCAGGGGAGGCUGUGCUGCUGCUGCUGCUGCUCCUCCUCUUUGGAGCUCCUUCUUGGGAAGGGAGGGAGUGCUGCUGGAGCUGAGUGCCUGAGGAAGGAUCCCCCGCCUCCUGCCUGGCAUGAGCUUCGCCCAGCAACAGCAGCAGCAGCACCGCUGAGGCCGAGGCAGGCAGGCGGGCAGGCGCUGGGUCUCUCCUCCUUCCUCCUCCUCCUCCCUCCCUGCAUCCCGAGGGGAGGAGAGGAGGGGCGAGGCGAGGCGAGGCGAGGGGAGUCCCGCGGGCGGGGGCCGCAUGUUCUCCCCCUGCGAGUGCGUGAGGCGAGGCGGGCGGAGGACCAUGAAAAUGAUCCGGUUCCGGAGCUCCAGCAUCAGGUCCCUCAGCAGCCAAGAGGCGGCGGCGGGGGCCAGCAUGAAGUGCACCAUCCGCCUCCUCGACGACGCCGAGAUCUCCUGCCUCAUCCAGAGAGAGACCAAAGGUCAAUUUCUCAUAGAUCAUGUUUGCAAUCACUACAGUUUGCUAGAAAAAGACUACUUUGGUAUUCGCUAUGUGGAUCCUGAAAAGCAGCGGCAUUGGCUUGAGCCCAACAAAGCUAUCUUCAAGCAAAUGAAAUCUCAUCCACCAUAUACCAUGUGCUUUAGAGUGAAAUUCUAUCCACACGAACCCCUGAAGAUUAAAGAAGAGCUCACCAGGUACCUUUUAUAUCUACAAAUCAAAAGAGAUAUUUUCCAUGGCCGUUUGCUGUGUGCAUUUUCUGAUGCUGCUUACCUGGGGGCAUGCAUUGUCCAAGCUGAGUUUGGCGACUAUGAUCCUGAUGACCACGUGGACAAUUAUGUCAGUGAUUUUAGGAUUUUCCCCAAACAAUCACCAAAACUGGAAAGAAAAAUAGCUGAAAUACAUAGAAAUGAAUUCAGGGGUUUGAGUCCAGCUGUUGCAGAGUUUAAUUUAUUAUUAAAAGCACAUUCUUUAGAAACCUACGGUGUUGAUCCACAUCCUUGCAAGGAUUCCACAGGGACCACAACAUUUUUAGGAUUCACAGCCACAGGUUUUGUAGUUUUCCAGGGAAAUAAAAGAAUUCAUUUACUAAAAUGGUCUGAUGUCUGUAAAUUAAAGUUUGAAGGGAAGACAUUCUAUGUGAUUGCAAUUCAGAAAGAGAAAAAGGCUAUGUUGUCAUUCCAUACCUCUACACCAGCAGCCUGCAAGCACCUUUGGAAGUGUGGAGUGGAGAAUCAGGCAUUUUACAAGUAUGCAAAAUCAAGCCAAAUCAAGACUGUGUCCAGUAGCAAAAUAUUUUUUAAAGGCAGCAGGUUUCGAUACAGUGGAAAAGUUGCCAAAGAAGUUGUUGAAGCAAGUUCUAAAAUCCAAAGGGAGCCUCCGGAAGUGCACAGAACCAACAUUAUUCAGAGUCGCAGCUCUCACUCCUUGAACAAGCAGCUCAUAAUUAAUAUGGAGCCUCUGCAGCCACUACAUCCAUCAUCAAAUGACCAGGAUGAGGUUGUCUCUGAUGAAGGGGAAGAUCCUGUCCUCAGUUCCCACCUGGUCCAGCAUGACCCCAUCCCUGUGUUCCUUCCUGGAAGCCUGGCAGCUUGGGAAUCUGGCUCCUUCUCUGCACCACGUGAUUCUCCCUCCCGUGUUCGUUUCCCCAGGUCUCUCGGUAUCCAGCUGCCGAAAGAAGAUGAUGUUUCAAUACCUAUGAUAUCCAAUUCUCCUGCUAAGGAAGCAGAUGACAGUUCAGAUCUUUCAGUUGAAGAGGAAGAGAAAAUCAAGGAAGAGCCUUUAACAAUCUCAGAAUUGGUAUAUAAUCCCAGUACCAGCUUGCUUCCCACUCCUGUUAAUGAUGAGGAGAUUGACCUGCUCUUUCAGUCCUCUCCAAGGGCAGAAAAUGCGAAAGAUGACACUGAUUCAUUUGAAGAACUGGAGGCAGAUGAAAAUGCAUUUUUGGUUGCCGAAGAAGAAGAACUGAAAGAAGCUCGGAAAGCACUUAGAUGGAGCUAUGACUUUUUGAUGGGCAAUAUGAAGAUAAAUGCUGCUGUGAAGAGCUUUUCCAGACUUCUUAUUGUUGGGCUUGGAAUCCUGCUGAUUUUUUUCCCUCUUCUUCUUGUGCUCCUGGAGUCAGACCUUGAUAUCUCCUUCCUCCAUGAAAUCCGUCAGACACCUGAAUUUCAGCAGUUUCAUAUUGAAUAUUACUGCCCUUUUAGACGGUGGGUGGCCUGCAAAAUAGACUUUGUCGGCCACUUGCUUGGCAGCUCUUAAACUGUACAAAUAUGCGAAACAACUAAGGGCUAUAUUCAAAACUAGUGAAUUUUAGUCAGUACUAGGUGCUCAUAAACAUUUUAAAGGACAUCAGCAAAUAGUUCUUCAUUUUGGAUCCAUAGUAUAUUUCCAAAUUCUUAAGUUUCAUUUCUGUGAUUGAGCAAUUGAUUUAGCUACAUGGUAGUCUUUCAAUAACCAAAAAUCAAUUUUCCCCUUCCUUCUCUGUUUUAAUUAAUGACUGAAUAGAACUGAAAUAUAUCAUCAAUAUCAUUACAAGCCAUGAUGUACUACAUUUAAGCAUUAGCAACAAAGGAACAGUAAUGCUUUUGAAUAUACUCCUUAGUGAAACAGUCUCUACUAACCAAUGCCUAUACAAACAACCCUGAUUGCUGGGAUUUUCUUUCUUGGUUUGGUUUUUCAUUUUUAAAAAUAUUUUUAUGUGUUUACAAGAUUUUGGUAAAUUUUUAGCAACAAUAACUUCUGAAGAUAUUUAAGUGUACAGAUUAGUAAAAUAAAUGCACAAGGGCAUGACAUGAAUUUUUAAAAUGUUUUAGCAAUUUUUUAAAAAAUAUGAAGAGUGAAAUUCUUAAGAGAUAUGCACAAGAUGGUGAGUAAAUGAGAUGGGAAAUCGGCAGGGUCUGCUAGAUGGAGUUGAAAUUAUAUUUAGACUGGGGUUUCUGAGAGCCAAGCUACACAUUGCAAAGCAGCCACAGGGUUCCUUUGUAGUGGUAAUGUGAUGGUCAUUUGUAGGUAAACGGUUGUAUGGCAGGAGGAAUUGCUUAAACCCACUUCCACUUCCGUCUAUCAAUUCUCUCUUGAAACUUGCUUUCCUACACAUUUUCCUACCCUUCCCCCCUUUUUCCCUACUAACACCAGUCAUGUGGGGAAACGGUUUGAAGGGGCAUUUGCAAGAGAGAAUCAGGUUUGCAGGAGAGUAUGUCACCUAUCUGUUGAUCCUGCCUUGCAAAUUCCUCUUGCUCCUACAUUUGUGUUAGGUGGCAAACAGAGAGUUAAAUUUAUGUGUAGUUCUGCCCAGCAGUUCUAAAGGUGAAGAGAGGUAAGUAUUUUUGAAAUGGUGGCAAUACCGCUUUUCCUGUGGUUUGCCACUUCCAUUAGUAUACAAAGGUAAGGCAAUGCAAGUACAGUUUUGUAAGAGGUUUGGGUAAUUUUUGAUUAGCUGUAGAUUAUUGUACAUAACAUAGAAAUGUGGAUAUAUGAAAAAGUCUAGCUAGACCUACAUAAGUACAUUAGAAGAUAAAAAUACACCAAUCUCUAAAAAUAAAGAUUCCAUGCAAAGCAUCUUGUCCUUCAAAUUCUAAACAUUCAAAGUUAAAUUUCUUAGUCCCAGAUUCUAUUCAUUACCAUUUUGUCAUCAUAAACCCCAGAGUCACCAUUUCAUGUGUUAUUAUUUCCUGUGCAUGAUAUCUCGCUGACCUAAUAUAAGUGAAAAUGGAUAAACAUUCUUUUUUCCCCCUUAAAUGUGUCCCUUUGACAGUGGUGUGUGGUUAUCUUUGUUGUCUAGAUGUGCUGGGGCUUUUGUGCCUGUGUAGCUCCAGGUAUGUCGAAGAGGCUAUAGAUGCAUAAAACCUUAUGUGUGUAGAGAAAAUAAGUAGGUCUCAACUUUGAAACAGAAGAGCAGGAAAAGCACCAAUUGCAUUUUAUAUUCUGUAGCAUGGAUUGCCUGAUAUGUCCCCUGCUCCCUUACCUAAAUGUUUCGGUCACAGGACUCUUACAGUGCAAACCUAUACUUGCCUACUAAGAAAUAAGCCCUGUUAAGAUCAGUUGGGCUUACCCUAGGUAAAUGAGUAUAGGAGUACUACAGUAUUUAAGUUGUGAUUCAGGUCAAUAUCAGUUUUUUGCCUCUUUGGAAAAAAAAUCACUCCAUUAUUUCUUUUAGGUUUGUUACUGUUUUCUCUUUCUUUCUUUGGGGGGAAUUUACCGGUGUAUUAAUAUUUAAUAAUUUUUGUUUCAUUUGCUGCUAGAACAACCUAUUGACACAGUUUUUAAAAGUUGUUGUGAAUAGCUUAACUGAAGCUUCAUAGGGUUUCUUCCAUUAACAUGUGGAAGCAAAUGUACAGCACAAUCUGUCUCACCUCAGAUAGUGCCUGUAGUUUGCUCAAUGAAGAUUCAGUUUACAGAGAAAAAUGUGAGCCCCUGAUUCAGAGCUCUGUGGGAGCACUAAAGUGUGUGCUGGAUCAGGGUGCAAAAAUCUGUUUUGUUUCAUUUUUUAAAAAUGCACAAAAUGUUCCUUUGUGAUCCAGAGGAUGAAAUCAUGUAUGACUUUACCUUCAAGGUUUUAUUUCCAGGUUCUGCCUUAAAGUGGCUUUUUUAAAACAUUAUAUGGUUUUAGCACUUUGAUGCCACUUUGGCUGCCAUGGCUGCAUCCUAUGAAAUCCCAGGGUUUGUAGUUUGAUGAGACACUAGGACUUUCUGGCACAGAAUUCUGAAUAACUGAUAAAACUGCAAAUCCCAUGUUUACGUAGGAUGGAGGCACAGCGGCUAAACUGGUAUCAAAGUGCUAUGUCUGCACAGUGUGAAAGAGACCAUAUUCAUCACUCCUUGGAAGAAUUUCAGAUCACAUGUUCGAUGUAUAUUUAAUCCUGUUGCAACUUCUAACUAAAUUCUUUCUGUUGAAAUUAAGAAUCCAAUAAAUAUACAGUUUCUCUAAUUUUUAAAAUAAAAUCAUGUCACCUGCAUUGUAGGAGCUACAGCUAUGGGAGCAGGCAGUAUAGCAUUGGCAGACAGGGUACUAAAAAUAACUGUACUCUGCAUCUUAUAAGUAUAUAUGAUUCACUACACCCUUUCAUUAUAAACAGUUAGGUCUUGAGUUCUAAAAUGUAGUUUUGUCCAUAUCAGUGCUCCAGAAUCAAUCAAAGCACUUGCUAAAUAUUCUCUGAUUUGAUCAGGGCAAGACUCAGUUAUGUGAGGAACAAGAGUACCUCAGAGAAUGGUCUGUGCAAUAAGGAUACAGAUAGUGUUAAAUGCAAAUGUACAUACAUAGAUGAACAUUUGGAUUUAUAUAUGCAUCUUCAAACUUUAGCAGAGUUUUAGAGCAGGAGUGAAGAAUGUGUGGCCCUCCAGAUA